AUUACAAAAAGCGGUGUUUAUCACAAUUUAGCAGUCCUAAAUUUAAACGAAGUCACUAGGUAAAUAGUGCCCUUUAAUGCGGAAAUAGUGAAUGCAAUUUCAUGCCCGCAGAGAUGAGAUGAUCAGCAGCAAAUCAUGUUGUCUCUCUUUUUUAUCGUCUGCUGUAUAUGUUGGUGGGGAACAGCUGCGUCUUGGGAUUAUCCGGCCCCCAGAGACGGUCCUUACUUAUCCACAUAUGAUUCUCAGGUGAAACCGAACAGCACUCUGCCGCCGGAUGGUUCGUUCCUGUCCGGUGUGUUGAGUGCCCUGACGGUGACCGCCGUGUCCGAAGUGGGUGACAAAACUUUCUUCAUAGCUCUGGUGCUAGCUCUGACUCACCCACCAGCCAUCGUCUAUGCUGGAGCACUAACAGCUCUAGCGUUUAUGACCAUACUUUCAGCAAGCUUAGGUCUGGUGUUUUCAUACCUUUCUUCGCUAUGGGUGCACUACUUGUCAGCACUUCUAUUCUUGCUUUUUGGCCUCAAAAUGCUGAAAGAUGGUCUCACCAUGAGCAAUAACGCAGCCAAAGAAGAAUUAGAGGAAGUUCAAAAGACCGUCGAGACUAAAAUUACUCACAAAGGAUCUUUGGAUUUGGAAUCUGGUAUGCGCAGGCUGUCCGUCCGGUGGGUUUUCGUGGAAUCCUUUACCAUGACCUUCGUAUCUGAAUGGGGAGAUCGAUCCCAGAUCGCUACUGUUAUCCUCGCAGCAAAGCACAGCGUCAUGGGAGUGGUGCUAGGUUCGAUACUGGGACAUGCUGCUUGCACUUUGGGUGCUGUGCUUGGAGGCAAGCUCAUAGCCGAUUGGAUAUCAGUUCGAACAGUGACUCUUUUGGGAGGAAUUUUAUUUCUCGCCUUCGCCUUCAUGUCUCUUGUGGGAGCUCUGAACGAUUCAUUCGAAAAUAUCAAUUCCUGACAGAAGCUGUUCAAGCUCAAGACUUUCAUUAUCGCAACUACUGAUCGUGAGAAACCACGCAUAUUUAUGCCCAGGCACUAUUGGAGUUGCAUCCAUUUCCAAGUGGAGAAAAUUGUUUGUUGAGAAUUUAUUGAUUAUAAGAGAAAUAAAACAUAGAUUUAUAAUGAACAUAGUAUUUUUAUGCAAUUGAUAUUCUCACGAAUAUUAUUGAUAAUUACGUUCCGUGUUAAGAGAGCAAUUUAAAAUUUGUAUGUUUGGUUCAAACAUUCUAUUCUGUUAAUUUAAAAGUGCUAGAAUGACUAUUUCUCGUUAAUCAAGCCACCAUUUGCGCUCGAAAAGAGUACAAGAUAAUGCUCACAGACUCACACUCUGAAUCGCUUCGCCAUUGGCUCCAGUAAUCUCUCCAGAAUCCAACACUUGAUUUGACUUCCCCGUUCCUCUGCUUUUAUCCACCUCUGAAUGCUGCAAACAUCUUUGUCCAUCUAUUAUUCUGCUUAAAUUACUUUUCGCAAUGCACUAAAUAUUAGUUUAACUUAGAUUCUCCUGUAUAAUAUAAUAGUAAUAACUAUUAUUCUCCAAGCUGAAAUUGCUACCAAAAAUGUUUUCUAUGUUCAAGGAAAGUACCAAAAAAAAUGGCAAUUUAAAAUAAUGCAUUUAUAUAUCAUGCAAUUAUUUAAAAAUGAAAUUACAAAAAAUUCUGUGUGUACCGAAAAAACCCCACAAAAAUUUUUAUGUGAUGAUUUACAAACUUUUUUAUUUCUACAAUAAGGACUGAAUAGCAAAAACAAAUAUGUAAAAAUUCCAACAAUAUCGAAUACUCAGAAAUUCAUUCUGUAAUUAAUUGGUAAAGAAAAUGAUUAAUAUCGCAUGAAUUUAUUUUGCUAAAAGCCCUUGAAUGAUAUUCCAAAUGAAUAGCUUAAUGAAUUCUCAAAGUAUUUAUUUAAGAUUUAGAAGCAUUAAUGAAAAAACAGAAGCAUAAGAGGACAAACUGCAACCUUCACUGCAACCACCACUACUUACAACCAAGAUGCAACAAGCUUCAGAAAUUUCUUUGCCUGCUUUACGAAUAAGUGUUUAGUCAAUCCGGCUAUCUAAUGUAAAUUUUAAUCGAAACAUUUGCCGUUCAAAAUGUGAAUAUAAAUAUCUGUUAUUGAAACCAGAACAAGUAGAUUGUCACAAGGAAUAUUGAAUCCCAAAUUAUGAAUUAAAAAAAUAUCAGCCAGAAAGUCAUUUAUCUGUAUCCCAGUUACACUACAAAAGAUACAAGUUCUCUGUGAGAGGCUCUCAUAUUCAUCCAUUAUCUUCGUAAUUUUUAUCACUCAUUUAGAGUCUUAACAAGACGAAGCUGCGCCUUUGGCAGAAUUUCCAUAACUGCACCUCAUUUUACUUACUACAUUAUUUUUGUUUACAUUUAUUACAUUACAUUUAU